GGGUUUGCAGCGGGCCAGCCUGGGACGCUCAGGAGGCUGCCGGGAGAGGCGGAGGAACGCUGAGGUGGGCCGGUCCCAGUGGAGCCGGACGGCGCUCAGGACCUUGCCUGGAUGGAGCCCGUCUAGGCACCGUUUGAACUCUGCGCUUCCCCGCCCCUAUUGCUCCGUCAGGGCUCGCAUCGGGGGCCGCGGGCAGAGAUGGGCGCAGGGCUGUGCUCUCAUCUCCCGGCGCUGGGAGCUUGGCCUCACUGCCCCAGCCACCGGAAUCCGCUGCCGCUACUCGGCUCUCCCUGUCCUUUACUGGCUGGGGCCCGUGGAAGACAACUGCUAGUAAAAGGCUCGGGUUAAAACCCUGCUGAAGAUCGAUGUGGGAAAAUAUAGUAGUAACUCCAAAUGGCUGGGUCAGGGAAAGGAAGAGGACGUGCUGCAUUUACUUUCAACGUCGAGGCUAUUGGCUUUGCCAAAGGUGAAACGCUACCUGAAGUAGCAUUCAAGCCCCCUCCACCGUUUCCUCCAACGGAUUUUAAGCCAGUGCCUCUGAAAAUGGGAGAGGAAGAGGAUUAUAUGUUGGCCUUAAAGCAAGAAUUUAGAGCAAGUAUGAAAAAAAUGCCCUAUUUUAUGCAAAAAGAAGAUGAAAAUCAAGGAAUUGAAAAAUAUAGUAAAAAGUACCUGCAGAUGAGAAAAGAAUCCAUGGAAUGGACCCCAGAUUGGAGAAGACUCCCAAGAGAGAUGAAGCCAAGGAAAAAGACCAAAAAAGCAGGUGGAAAAACGAAAAAGGCAAAAGUUGCCAUACCCAAAAGUAAUGUGGAUGUGUUGAAAAAAAUUGAGGAGUUGGAAAAGAAAGGUGAUGAAGAAAAAUCUGAUGAGGAAAAGGAGAAAGAAAAAGACAAAGAGGGUGGUGAAGAAGAAGAAGAAGCAGCAAAUGAACAAGAAGAAUAUGAUGAAGAGGAACAUGAAGAGGAAAACGACUACAUUGCUUCAUAUUUUGAAGAUGGUGAUGACUUCGGUGCUGGCAGUGACGACAAUAUGGAUGAAGCAACCUAUUAGUUAUUUGUAUUAGAUUGUGUCGUACCCUGGCCUUCUAAUACAUCCACUAAAUCAUUUGGACCUAGUUGUAGGUGGGCUGAGCACCUGCAACUCUUGAUGCGGCUACUUGGAGUUGGAGCGCUGAGUUCACCCUCAGAUGAAAGGGCAUUUCUUUUCUGAUUUAUUUAAUGGGGUUGAAAAAUGGGAGACCUCGCUGCCAUAUUCUGUUCUUCCCAAAUGCUUUGGAGACAGAUAUUUAUCACUGCAAGGUUCUCUAGAACUCCCCGAUACGGAGUACUAUAUAUGCCUUUGUAUUGCCUCUGCUGCACUGGAAAAGAAUAUGCAUUUUGACUGAAUUGUGCCUAAGCAUUUGCACUUCUCCAUUCUAUGCAUGAGUGGAAUCAAAUCCUGUUCCAGAUUUGAAGUCAUACUUCAGAGGAUACUGAAGUCAGUAGCAAAACUUGUAUUGACUUAAGUGAACCAGGAUUUGGUCCUUUCUGAACACAAGCUGUUCCUACUUAGCUGCUGACUUUCUAAAGGAAUUUAUUAUAAUUUCUGUAAUCAGGGGAUUGAAAUAUAACUGAACAGUGAGCACUUUCAUGAACAAAGUAGCCUCAAAGUACUUUGUUACUGUGGACUAACAAGGUAAGGAGAUAAUUUUGAAAGGCUCUUGCGUUCUAAUCAACAGACUUUCAUAAUUCAGCACUUUGACCAAUAGGGAGCAUCUUUCAAAUCAGGGCUUGCUGGGUGUAAGGAGACUUAAUAAAUGAGAUUAGAUUAUGUUUUAUGAAUUACUUUUUGCUGGAAGUGAGGUCUAGGGCUAAUUAGUAGUUUCAUUUAGAGAGGGUUUGUCGCUGAGGUUUGAGCAAGGGUGUGGGAAACCAGGAAAUCCUGAUAUCUAGGUUUGGCUCAUCUCUGUGGCCUUGGACAAGUCCCUUAACAUCUCUGCAUCAGUUUCCCCAGCUGUUAAAUGGGGGGAAAAUACUACUUGCUACCUCAUAGUACUGUUGAGAGUCGAUGUUUGUUAAAAUACUAGUUAUGUAAAUGUGAAAUAUUGUUUUUAUUUAAUUUACUUCCCAACACAGCCAAAAAAUCAGACAGUAAAAGAAAGGUACAUAUAAUAGAAGAGUAAUAUGCUAUGGUAAACUGUAAAGGUGGUGAAAACAAUGAAUUUUAUAAAUAUUCUAUAUUUGAGGAUGAAUAUGUUGCGACUCUAAUCUUUCCAUUACAGUAAUCCUAGGAGUUAUUUGUAACAAUAGUUGGUAGGUACAACAUUUUCAAAUGUAUCACUAAUAUUUUUGUGUUCCUAAGCAACUUAAAAUUAGUCUCAUUUUUUAAAAACUGUUUUGUUUUGCUUAAAUUCACUCAAAAUGAAUAGAAAGCACUGGAUCCUAAAAUCUCAGCAUCAGCUGAAACUGUCACUUUACCUCAGUGCUAACUCUGUAACAAUAGAGAGAUAAAAUCCAGAAAAGCUAUUUAUCUAUACUAAUGGUUGUGUAAUUUAGGGCAUGGCUGUAUUUUUCCCGUGUUAAUUAAAAUGCUCUGAUUAACAAAAUGUGAAACAAUUCCAAAGGAUGAGGCAACUAAAUCCAAUGCAGAGCACACCUCAAAUGUAUAUUUUAACUUGAUUAUUUUUAAAUGUUAAAUUGCUAUGUAGGAAGAUAUA